AUGCAUCAGCCAGACAAUACAACUUCCCAGGAAAAAACUCCCUUUGAACAGGCCUGGGAGGAGUAUCGCACAACCAUCAAGUCGUCUCAGACCAAAAAGGUCAAAUUCAUCGAAAGAUGCUCCCAGUUUGCUUCAGAAUGGCGGGAUCCUGUUAUAGCCAUAAAUGAAGCGAUCACAGAGGUGGAGGGUCAGCAUUCCCAGAAACAAUCCCAGAAGGUGGUUAGCAAGUAUCUGCUCCCAUUCGUGGAUGCCUUGGAGGGUUUCACUGGUAUUGUAGAUGCAUUGAGUGAAUUCUAUGCUCGUCCCACCUUGAAUCCUAUCGCAUCGAUCGUCUGGGGCUGUCUCAAGAGCCUUGGUCAAUGCGCGAGACUCUUUGAAAACAUCCACUACGAGUUGGAUUCUCUCGGUGGUCAUCUAAAGAAUAUUGCUGUCUACGGCGACCUGUACCAAAAAAAUGCAGACAUGCAGGAGGUCCUCUGCAACGCUUACAUCAAUGUUAUCCGGUUCUGGUAUAGAGUUGAUAAAGAAUGCACUAAGUCAGGCUUAGGACUAAAGUUCGGGACACCCUUUAGCACAAAGAAGUUGGGAGGUAUCAUAAACGACAUGCAUUGUGACCCUGAGAAGAUUAAAGACUGCACCGGUCGACUUGGUCAGCAAGAGUCGAGGGAGUACCGUCAGGCGAAUGAAGCAGCCCGGCGGGAGUCAGAUGAAGCACAUAAAUGGGACAUAGUCUCGGAUUGGCUGUCAUCAGAUUCAAAAUCCUUGAAUGAUCUAUGUUUCGCACAGCAAGAGGAGAACUUACGUGGCCGUAGCCAAAUCACUUGCCAAUGGCUGUUUUCCCAUGACAAUUUUUCCAAUGGAGGGACAAUCCCUCGUCAUCACCGAUCUUGUGGAUCCAUGCAUCUUUCACUACAGCAGACGUUGUCUAUUCUCGCGCGACAAUUGCUCGAAUACCGCCAACGCCUGCAGAAAAUUCCGGAUGAAUUGCAGAAACUUAUGCAUGCGCCCGAAUCGCCCCUCGGAAGGGCUCAAAAAAUCAUCAAGGCAUUAAUUGAGGGACAUUCGAGAAUCUACUUCUUUCUCGAUGGUCUGGAUGAAGAAACUACGACGAAGAGUUCAUGGAACAAUGUUGUAUUAGUGCUUCGUUUUCUCGUCAAGCUCGCAGACGACUAUCCUACCAAAGUUCGUGUCUGGUGUAGUAGCCAGCGCCGGGACCGCAUUAUCAAGGAAUUCCAGGGACGCCCUAGCCUCGAUAUUGAUGGCUAUGCGAGGAGCGAUCUUGCUUUGUACUUAUCAGAAGAGGUGUCCAAGCUUCAAUGGUCGAGUCCCUCCGACCAAGCUUGUAUCCUGGAGACAUUGAGAAGUCGUGCUGAAUGUAGUUUUAUCUGGGCAAAGCUCAUGAUAGAUGCCCUCGAAGCGGGUUGGUCGACCGCUAGGAUGGAGGAACUUCUAAAAGGGCUCCCAGAGACUUUGGAAAAGUAUUAUCACAGAUUUUUUGAACGUAUGGAGAGGUUCUACCGCCCACUAGCUUGCAAAGUUUUUUCACUUGUUAUUUUUGCCCGACGUCCUUUGCGAUUGGAAGAACUUACCGAGGCUGUGUGGUGCUUGGAGAGUGAGCCCCACAGAGAACUCCAGCACAAGGCCAAGCCCAAUGUCAACAGUAUCCGUACCAUCGUCCAACCCUUCAUCGAAUUCAUCAACACCAAUAGGACGGAUGAUUCUUGCACUGAGGAGCAGUAUACCUGUCGUAUCUUACAUUCCACCCUGCGCGAUUUCCUUGUGGACCAUCCGAAUAUCCUGUGCGACAAUUCCUCAGAUCUUCGUAUUAGCGCUGAGUGGCCAGCUCGUGCUUGUUUACGUUACCUGGGUCAAUCUCGAUAUUCCGGCCUACUAGUCAGACAGGAGGGAAGGUGGCUUGAUGCAAAGGAAGACCCGGUAGAUUGCCACCCUUUGCUUGUGUAUGCUGCCAAGUACUGGGACAAGCACCUUGACGACGUCACUAUUGACAUUGGUAGUAUCGAGUCCUUCAUCACUUCUCCUAACUUUCGGACCUGCAUACAGGUCCAGAGCCUAUGGGUAGAGGCACAAUUCUCGUUCUUCUCCCGUCCCGACGAGGGCGAUGGCUUCAACAUGUAUGUUCGGCGGGUGUUCCCGUCGUGGUUUGCGCGAGCUCAAACCGGUCCCGGUCAAAGGCUUUGGACAGACUUCCGCCAACUUUUGCACGAGUGGAUAUAUUUCCUCAGCUGCGAGCAGUGUGGCGGGGAAAAGACAUGCGAAAUAUUGCCCUACAUCGGACAAUUGGAUCGCAUAUGGUUCGGAGCUCUUGGUCCAAACAAUUUCCUGUCUCAAUUGCAGGGCAGAUGCAUGAGUUUCGCUUUCCAAAAGGGUUUCGAUUCUGAUGCAGUCCAGUAUGUUUUUGAUGCGGUCAGUGAGGCAGGAGACAAAAUCAUGAUAUUACGGAUACAAGCAACCUCCGAAGCUCAGAACAAGCAGACUAUACAACUUACUGCCAGUAGUUGCAACUGGAACUUGUACGCAGAGUCUGCAGGCAGGGCUGCGCCAGCUGCUUUUGGAGCAGAUUGCCAAACCCUCCGGAUUGGCACCCAGCUGUACAGGCGAGCCGAUAAUGGCACAUUUGUCGCCAUUACUGCGCAACACUUUUUGUGCGAUCUGCGCUCCAUCUAUGUCGAAGAGUUUGCAUAUCAUCGUCAGUUCCUCGUUCUCACUUCCCGGGCGAAGAUUUCCAAGAGAGAUCUCAAAGUGACCUGGCACAAAGCGGAUGGGGCAGAUUCGGAAGGGGAUGGUCUUGACGAGGACCUAGAAGAUGAAGCCGAUUCCAUAGAGACCGCAUCAGAUUCAGAAGAUUCGGGCGAUGAGAGCAUAAGUGAAGGCAGCACCGAUUCUUCCGCUAAUUCCGAAUUGGAAGAUGAUAUACUCCCUCCUUGGGCCAAUCACUUUGGCGAUGAAGACACAGACACGGACAACGAGAGCUGUCGUUCCUUUGAUAUCGAGGACUGCAAUGACAUUUCCGAUCACGAAGAGGAUUUAGAAAGUAGUUCUGAUGAAGAAGAUGCUAUCCCAUCUGAAGUAUUCGACGAUAACCUCUUUCGCAGCGAGGAACAACACGACUGGGAAGGACUGUCGAAUAAACGUGCAGGGAGGCGAAAGGCUCGAGCAACCAUCACUUUCCUGGUCGUCUGGCCACUCGCUGAUGGCAAUGUCCUGUUUGUGGAUUACUUGGCUAAAACGCACUUUACUCGGCGGCUGCAGCCAUCAACUCCCUACACGGGUCACGUCUUCAUGAAAAUCCGUUUUUCUGAAUGUGGUGAAUUUUUGCAUAUUGCCACCCUUGAAGCACACAGAAAGACUUCAGAAUCGAAGAAGGACUCAGAACCCCUGCCUCCCAUCAAACUAGCUGUCCUCCUGUGCACGUACCGUCUCUCUCAGAGAAAGACUACCAGGUCACCGCCUCAGCAGAUUCAUCGCAUGAAACUAGCGUUAGGCCAAACCACACGGCUGCACGUAUCGAAAAUGCCGUUCACGCUCACUUGGACAUCGAAGGAUCUCUACUUCAGUUGCAGUGGAAAGUCGCUGCAAGUUUACCGCAUUCCGUUGUUCAGUACAACAGAAGAGAAGGCCGAAGAGAAUCCACAAGCCGUGUGGACGCCUCGGAAGCCAUUUUUUCUCCCGCACAGUGCAAAUAACCGAGCAGUAUACUAUUUCCCUCCUGCAGAGAACAAGAGUGGCAAGGAGCAAUUACCCGCACGCAUACUCAUCGGGAGCGACUUUACAGCACUGAGGGAUAUUGGACCAAACGAAGCUGAAGAGGAUUACAACGUUUUGUUGGUGAAACGCGUCAUUGACCACUCUGUUGGCAGAAGGGGAGAAUUUCAUCCGCCCAUUGGGUGCUAUGUCGAUGAAGACACCAACCUCGGCGGAUGGGUUGAAUCUCAUGCCCGCGCAAAUAUUUUACAAGAUCGCGGUGUUGGCCAUUUAGACCCUCGCAUGCCAGUCGAACGCUUCAAUCCUGAUGAUGAUUGUGACUACGUCUUCGACGUGUUGAUGACGCGUGAUCUGUCUCGGGGACACGUCCUAGACUUGAACCCAUAUGCACCCCAAACAGAUUCCCUGCUAUUCACGUACGAAGAGCUCUUGUCGGUCUUCACGCAGAGGUCCAGCACACCUGGGCUCCGUAUCAUCGAUUCAUUUUUACAUGCGGUCGUAUCGCGUAACGCACCAGCUUACCAACACAAUGUGUUGCCAAUGGAGGCCCUCGCGCUGAGUAGCGGUCAGGACAUCGAAGACUUCUCAGAUUUGUGGAAGAAUGAGAUUCAGCAGUCCAUGCACGAUGACGACUAA